UUUCCUCACGGUAUCGCUUCUGUGCAAAGAAGCAACAGCAAGCUGGGAAUGUAACGCUUCUUGCAUCGACCCGCGUGAGCCGCACCUCCACCCAGCUCUCCUCCUUGAUGCUCCUCCCCCCCUGCUCCCCCCACCUUCUUCACUCUCAAAACCCCUCGCUCCUUCUCCUCUUCUCGGCUUCGGAUGCCCUCCUCACUUAUAGUAUGGACUCGGGAGGGGAAGGAGAAGAGGGUUGGAUGGAGGACCAAUGGGAAAAAUGGUUGACUCACGACAUUAGCUUGGGUGAGUUUGAAGAUGAUGACCUGUCAGAGAUUACGGAGAUCACAGACGAACGUGGGAUGAGCCUCAACUGCAAUGGCCCAGAUAUCAAGGGCCACAUGAGGCGAGGGACCAAUAGCAGGCCGGGGAGGGCAGAGCUGGGCGCUGUCGGACAGCUCCAAGCAGAGAUGCUGCAUUUGGAUCUCAUUGAUGGUGCUGGAGGUUUCCGCGGUGACAAAGAGUCCUCCAAAGCCUCCAUCGCACCUCUGCCGGUCACCAAGGACCCUACAGUACCUGUUACCAUGGAUACCUACCGGCCUAAGAGACCGACAACACUCAAUCUCUUUCCAAUUGUGCCCCGCACACAGGACACGUUAAACAACAAUUCCUUUGGCAAGAAAUACAGCUGGCAGGAUAAAGUUUCAGGCUCAUCUUCACCUCUCAAAACUGGUGAGCUAACGCCGCCGCGCGAGCACAGCUGCCUGAGCGACGAGGACAAGGUGCGGAGCGGCGGAGGCGGCGGCGGCGCGCACACCAAAGACCGGGGCACCUCCACCGACGCCCCCUGCAGGCACUCGCACCCAUCCGGACCUUUGCAAAGCUCGACGGCGCCGGCGUCGACGCGUCCCAAGUUUCAGGAAAAAGCACCUGCGCCGCCGCCACCGCCACAGAAUUACAAACCGGCUCCUCUCUAUCCAACGGGGAAGGUGGACGGAAGUGGCUACCAACACGAGAGGAUCCAGUACCACCCCGAAGCUCCUUUGGAGCCAACAGAGGAGAUAUAUCUGACCCCAGUGCAGCGCUGUUCGAAUCCCUCGGAGCCGCCUUGCACGCAGGACCGGCCUUUCCUUUCGCAGCUGAGUGAGCAGGGUCGCAUGUCCAUCAGCUCCGAUACAGAAGGCCCGCCUCCUUACCAGCCGCUGCCCGACCAGUCCAACAACGCCUCCAUCUACGAGGAGGACGAAGCCUACGUCGCCCCGCCUUCUUACGCCUCCUGCGUCGAAUCGCUCAUCACGCCGCCUAGCAUGGCGCUAUCAACUCAUCCUUCCCUGGCUCUGGACUUGAGUCUCAAGGGGUCCGUCGAGUAUGUGGACGCGACGGACGAAAGCUACUGCGGGGAAGACGAGGACGUGGACAGGAUCAUCAUGGACGAGCGGAUCAAGAGGGCGGUGGGAAAAGUGGAAAGGGGCAACAGCAGAGCCGCCCUGCUAAGAACUUCCAUGAGCUCCGACGCCAGCGGCCUGUCGUACGACUCGGUCAAAUACACCCUGGUAGUGGACGAGCACGCUCAGUUGGAGCUGGUCAGUUUGAGACAGUGUUACCGCGGUUACAGCGACGACAGCGAUUCGGCCACCGUCUACGACAACUGCGUCUCGUCCCCCUACGAGUCCGCCGUCGGGGAAGAGUACGAGGAGGGAGACGGCGAGGAAGAUUGCGCCCGUUCGGGGGGAGUCCGACGAGAGGCCACCGCGUGUCUGUCCGAAGACUCCACGCCAGAUGUUGACCUGCAUUUCUCCAAGAAGUUCCUCAACGUCUUCAUGAACGGGCGCUCGAGCUCAUCAAGUGCUGAGUCGUUUGGCUUAUUUUCCUGCACCAUAAAUGGAGAGGAGCAGGAUCAGAGUCAUAGAGCUGUCUACAGGUUUGUCCCGAGGCACGAUGACGAGUUAGAGCUCGAAGUGGAUGAUCCAUUGCUGGUGGAGGUGCAAGGGGAGGAUUAUUGGUAUGAAGGCUACAACAUGAGAACGGGCGCCCGGGGGAUUUUCCCUGCUUACUAUGCUAUCGAGGUGACCAAGGAGGCUGACAGCUUCAAAGCAAAGAAUCAUGAGUGGCUAGACCGAUACCGGCUAAAGUUCCUGGGCUCAGUCCAAGUGCCCUACCACAAAGGAAACGAUGUUCUUUGCGCAGCUAUGCAGAAGAUUGCCACCAACAGAAGAAUGACAGUCAAGCACAACCCGCCCUCAUCCUGUGUCCUGGAAAUCAGUGUGAAGGGAAUCAAACUGGCCGUUCAUGAAGAUUAUUACGCCUGCGAUCGAAGUAACGAGUGCAGUCACUUUUUCCAGUUAAAGAACGUCUCCUUCUGUGGUUAUCACCCCAAAAACUGCAAAUAUUUUGGUUUCAUAACCAAGCACCCAGCAGAGCAGAGAUUCGCCUGCCACGUGUUUGUGUCUGAAGAUUCUACUCAGGCUGUUGCCGAGUCAGUCGGGAAAGCCUUCCAAUUGUAUUACAAAGAAUUUGUGGAGUUUUCAUGCCCCACAGAAGAUAUCUACUUGGAGUAGCCUCGUCCUGCCUUCAAUCACAACCGUGUACAGUACAUACACACUGUAUCAUAACAUGGUCUUGCAUGUAGGAGACAUCGAAAAAUAAAUAACAAUAUAUCAGAGGAGAAUGGAAGAAGCCAAAGGAUUGUUUUUGAGGCAUAACAAAUAAUUAUGCAAAUCAGGCAUCGGUGAUAACGUGGUGUCCGUAAAGAGCACAUAUGACUGCGGCUUUUGGGGUGUCAUGUCGGCUCAGCAGCCGUCGCCUCAGAAGGUGGAAACGAAAUUCAACUGCCUUUACCGGCACCGACACACGAAAAGAGCAGGCAGUAUAGACUAGGAUCCAACACAAUGGAUGUGUUGGCUUUCAGUGAACUGGAAGGCACCCUGAGAGAUGAAGGAAACUCCCGAUCUAAAUGGGAGUCAACGUUGCGAGGAUGAAAUGGGCAUCGUAUGCAAAUAACUGAACACGUACUAGCUGUCACAGGCUGACCACUUUGGGCUUUUUGUUUCAAAGCUAAAAUAUUCAUCCUGAAGUGCGUGCGACUGAUGGAACUCGCGGCUGCUUCUUACUGAAUCCGGGACAGAUCGCGCUUGACUAGUGCGUGUUACUAAAACACAAAGUAUUCCUAUGUCAGGCAGAGAACUUUGGACGGAAUCAAGGCAAAGGCUCCGUGAAGUGAAUUAAGAUACGGCAGGUCCUCUCCGUGCAGCCGGUGCACAAGAGCGGAGAACUUCACUACUAGUGCCUCUUUUUCCAUCUUUCAUCGAGACCUUCUCCAUCAUGUUUACGACAUUUGAACUCAUGCUAAAUGAUGAUGCUAGCGUGCGUGUGUGAUUGAAUGAAAAUUGUGACGAUGUAAUGUUUUGAUGACCCCCCCACUGCCUCUCACGAUGCAUGCCUUGUUUCCCAGUCAGUGUAUGUCUUUGCUACCCUAAAGACGGUUUUUGAAUGAAGGGUAAUCAGAAAAGAAGCCAAGUAGAAGAAUGAAUAGCACAGCACAGUUAUUUAGCAGUGGGGACAAAACUCAGCUUUCUUACAUCCUUGGUCACUAACAUUUAUUUGUAAGAGAUCAUUUCAUGGCAGGGGCGCCCAACCAGUCGAUCGACCGGUCGCCCGCGAACUGGUCCCGAGUCGAUUGCGGGGGUGGGAAAUUGAUUUUCAAAAAAAAAAACAUGUGUCUUUGUGUGCGUUAUUAAUAUUCUAUAUUUUUAUGUUAGUGCACACUGCAAUCUAAGCGCAAAAAAGUGUUUAAAAAAUAAAAUGACAAAAUAAAGCAGGUCACCUUUAACCUACGGCGACACGAGAUCUGCAUCACCAGACGUUGUGAGCGGGCAACAGUCUGCAAUUGCCGCUUGCCAUCACAGCUGUUGCCGUAUAUAUACAGGUAUAUAUUUUAUUAAAUUCUUCUCAUUCAAAAUUUGUUUCAUCUGCAGUUCACUGAUGGCACUGGCAAAGAAUGGGAAUCUGGAGUGCCAGGAGAAAAAAAAAAAAAUUAAACGAUACACGUGAGCUACGAUCGUGACGUUGUUGCACUGAAGACGCUGCCAAAGUGCGCCCCAUGCCGCCGCGUCAGGUCUUGACUAAGGUAGCCACUGAUUCCUUUUUUUUACAAACUCACAAGCUCUUAUAUUGACUUUAUUUUUCUGUUUCGUUCGGGGCGUUAUUUUGCUCAGCGUGUCGGAUCUUCGGUCAAAAAAGGUUGGGCACCCCUGUUUUAUAGGAUAUAUAUAUAUUUAACACAAGAAUGUUUUUAAAUUACCAGAUUCUCAUCAUCUUAAGCCCCCCCCCCCCCCCCCCCCCCCCACCCUCCUCCCGCCCUAGUUCCUGAGAAGACUGCUUCAUCAUUUCAUGACUUUUGUACAGCCAGACGGAACAAGCACUGCUUUGGAGACCGCACGAAAGGUUGUACAGAUCGAAAUGUAUUAUCUGUAAUGAUAAACAAUGUUCUAAUUUAAAA